AUAUCAGACGCUAUUCCACUCACUUUAUAUCCGUAUCUAUGAAGCAGAUGUUAGUUUUUCCCUUUUACAGAUGAAAACAGUGGAGGUUCAGAGAGGCGGAAUGGUUUCCACAGGGUUAAAUAAUAACAUCCGGAGGCAGGAUUAGUAUCUAGCUCUGUCCAGUUCCAAAGCCCAUGCACUGAACCCAUAAGCCCAGUGUUCCAGAACCUUCAUUGUUGAAUCAGUAGGUAGUCAUGUGAGUCCUAGCCUCCAAUAGACGUUCAGAGGAAGAGUCUGAUAUUGGUUCCUUAGAGGGAUCUCAACGGCAUGAUCUUAGGUGAAUAGUGAGCAUGACCACAGUUCGCCUAUGAAGGUGAGUGUGGGGUCAAGCAAUGUCAGUGCUGCAGGACGCACAGGAGGACAGGAUUAGGGUGCUAAGGGAAGACGGAGCAGAACGAAGAUGAGAGGUUGGUCAGCUAAGGAGCAGGAGCUGGGCAGGGGCUGGGGCCAUCCUAGCUCACUGUGGGCUGUCUUUUUGCAGGAAUCACCCCGAUGCUACAGCUGAUCCAGGCCAUCCUGAAAGACCCUGAAGAUCCAACCCAGUGCUCUCUGCUUUUUGCCAACCAGACCGAAAAGGACAUAAUCUUGCGGGAGGACCUGGAGGAGCUGCAGGCCCGAUAUCCCAAUCGAUUCAAGCUCUGGUUCACUCUGGAUCACCCCCCAGAAGACUGGGCCUACAGUAAGGGCUUCGUGACUGCUGACAUGAUCCGGGAGCACCUGCCCGCCCCAGGGGACGACGUGCUGCUGCUGCUCUGUGGGCCACCCCCAAUGGUGCAGCUGGCCUGCCAUCCUAACUUGGACAAACUGGGCUACUCACAAAAGAUGCGAUUCACCUACUGAGCAUCCUGCUUGGGGUCCUGUUUCCCUGCAGUUAUCCUCAGACAGUACUCACGCUAUAAGCCCUAGAUUCCUUUCCUGACAGUAUCAGCCUUUUUGUCUUAACUCUGGAGCCCAAAUCUGGAUGACACCCGCAGGAACAAAACCCAUGUAGCCAUGGAAGAGGGCGGAGGCUGAAUUGCUCUCUGGAAGCCCCACCCCCACAGCCCUAAUCUCCCUGUGAUUGAAGGUCCAGCUCAGGCCCAUGGAGCAAUUUCUUCCAUGGAUCAGAAAGAAGGAAGCAUGUACAUUCGUUCCGUGGUAGCAUCACAGUGUGUGUGUGUGACGAAAGGAACAAUCUGCGUAAUGGGUUUUCCUUAAUAUUUGGUGCUUAACCCAAGCAGAUUCUGCACGUGCGAGUGCACGUGCAGCAGCCUUACAGACACCGUCUCAUAGAGAUUGAGGAAGGGAGAAAAUGAUUUCUUUAGACCCCAGAGAAGGGAAUCUGAAAUAUGUUUGUGUGUGUGUCUCUCCCUGCCCCUGCCCAGGCUGGAAGGAGACGACUACCCACAGUCUAAGAACAUGCCUGUGGCAGAAACCUCUGGCUAUGCAAAUAAAUGGGGCUCAGGCCCCUGUGUUGU